CAGUACUGUAGCGGACACUGCAUGCUGAAAAGUAAGACUUUCUUUAAUUUCUACAAUUUUGUGCAUCCCCCAUGUUUUAGGAAAGAGGAUAUUCUCUCAUUAGCGGGAGACAGCUGAAGACUAGCAAAGGGCCACAAGUCGGAUUCGAAACCUGGGUCGCUGCAGCAAGGACUGAGCCUUCGUCCAUGGGGUGGAUGCUCUACCAACUGAGCUAAAAGACACCCCUCUUUUUAAAUUUUGAAGAUCAACCAUAUUCUUCAUCUUUUGGGAUAUUGUAAAUAGUGACUGCGCCUGUUCAUGGUCACACUCUAUUCGCAUUACCAACAGCUCCUAGACGACAACAACACCAUGACUUUCAAUUGUACAGAGAUAGAUGACGUGCUGGAGAAGUACUACCUGGCACCAUCUUAUGCCAUCGAGUUCUGUAUUGGUUUCCUUGGCAACCUUUUGGUUGUACUUGGCUACAUACUUUGUUUGCCAGAGUGGCAGAGCUGCAAUAUUUACAUCUUCAGCCUGGCACUGUCCGACCUUAUUUUCCUCUGCACGCUGCCACGUCUCACGUACCUCUAUGCAAAUGGACAAAAAACACAGACCACGCCCUUUGUUUGUGUUUUGAACCGCUAUAUCCUGCAUGUCAAUCUUUACUCUUCCAUCCUCUUCAUGGUACUGCUUAGCAUGGACCGCUUUCUGCUCAUAAGACAUCCAACACGGAACAACUUCCUGCUGAGGCCACGAACAGCCAUGAUCAUGACAGGGCUGGGCUGGCUAGCAGUCAAUGUGGAAAUUGCUCCAAUGAUAUCACUGAUGGUCCAGGACCUGCACCGUGGAAACUGGACAUUGUGCAAGGAUUUUGCCAGCCUAAAAGGAGACAUUGAUACAUUUGGCUACAGCCUGGGGCUAACCAUGACUGGUUACAUUCUGCCUUUGCUUGGACUUUGUGGUUUCUCCUACCAAAUUGCACAUCUGCUCCGAGUGCAGGAAAGGGCUCUACAGCGCAAGACAACAUCAUUCAAGCGGCCUCUAAAGCUGGUUGUAUCAUUCACAGCCAUGUUUCUGGUUCUCUACACUCCCUACCACGUGCUGAGAAAUGUCAGAAUAGCAGUUCAGCAGCCCUGGGCAGAGAUGCAGCUGUGUACGCAGAUGUACAUAGAGGGAAUGUACAUCAUAACCCGACCAGUGGCCUUCUUUCACAGUGUUAUCAACCCUGUCUUCUACUUCCUCAUGGGUGACAGGUUCAGAAUGCUCCUAUAUGCUAAGCUUAGAAAGCUGGUCAGAAAGAAAGAGCUACAAAGAGAACCAGCCUGACAAAAUUCAAUGAAAUAUCCCAUACUGUAUGCCCAAAAAGAGAUG